AUGGCAUGCACAGGGGAUGGGACAGGACUCAUUACUGCUAGGUUUGUCUGGAGAAUAGAGCAAGCAAGAAAUUUUGGUGGUGGUUCCUGGUGGCCACUGGCCUGUGGGAAUGCAGGCAGGGCUGUUGUCCAGAAGAUGGAGCAUGCAGCGAGGAGGCAGAUAUUUAAUUCAGUAUCAGAAGUCUUGGCAGCAUUGUUGUUUGUAAUAAUGAUGUUGAUUUUCCGUGCACUUACUGACAUAAAUGUUGCUGGACCGUAUCGCUUCACUCCUCAACCCGUUGCUACCAUGCCUUCUUUCAUCAAAGAUGCCAAGGAGUGGGAGUUGAUUUACAUACCUUCUGAUAUUGAUGUGGUAACAAAAAUCAUUGAGGAUGUAAAGAAGAAUCUCAACACCACUAUAAAAGUUCGAGGGUUUCCCUCAGAAGCUGAGUUUGAGAAGUAUAUCCUGUUUGAACAUAUGUCUCAGAAAGUGCUGGCUGCCAUUGUUUUUGACUGUGGCUUUAAAAGCAAAAAUGAUCCUCUGCCACUUGAGGUAAAAUAUCACUUGCGUUUUGUUGGUGUACAAAGGACCGUCUUCUGGCCAGAUAAGAUAGGCUGGAAAACAAGACUUCUUUUCCCUAAUCAACCAUCUAUAAAACCCAGGAACCCAGAUUUUCUUGAUGGAGGAAGUCCUGGGUAUAUCAAGGAAGGAUUCCUGGCGGUACAGCAUGCCUUGGAUAAGAGCAUCAUGUUGUAUCAUGAAAGGAUUGCUGGGAAGAAGCUAUUUGAUAGCAUUGACAUUCUCAUACAGAGAUUUCCAUAUCCAACUCAUCCUCAGGAUAAAUUACUUUGGAUUUCCAGUCCUUUCAUUCCUUUGAUGUUUAUCCUCAUGUUCUCUUCCAUUGUGUUUUCUAUCAUGCGGUCCAUUGUGUUGGAAAAGGAAAAAAGAUUAAAGGAAUACCAGCUCAUAAUGGGGCUUAGAAAUUGGAUCAUCUGGGCUGGCUAUUUCUUCACGUUCUUCCCUUUAUAUGUCAUCAUUAUCCUUUUGAUAUGUGCAUUGCUGUUUAUUGUACAGGAGCCAAUCUUGCGCUACAGUGACUGUAGUUUCAUCUUUGUCUUUCUUACAUGUUAUGCCAUUGCGUCCAUAUGCUUUGCCUUCAUGCUUAGCACACUCUUCAAUAAAAGUCAUGUGGCUGCUUCUGCUGGAAACCUCCUGUUUUUCGCCAGUUUCUUUCCCUAUAACUUCAUCUCUGAACACUAUGAAGGGCUGGCCCUUACUACCAAGGUGGCUUCCUGUCUGAGUGCAAAUAUUGCAUUGGCUCUGGGAAUCAAUAUUUUAAUCAAGAUGGAACUAGAAGAGGUUGGUGUUAAAUGGCAUAACCUUUGGACACCAGCCAGUCUUCAGGAUAACCUCAUCUUUGGCUACAUGUUUGGAAUGCUUUUGUUUGAUGCUUUCUUAUACAGCAUUGUUACCUGGUAUAUAGAAAUUGUCUUUCCUGGACAGUGUGGUACUCCUCAACCAUGGUACUUUUUCCUUAUGCGCUCAUACUGGCUUGGCAGACCAACAGUUAGAAAGACUACAGACAAGGCCAGGAGUCCCCCCACACUACAUCACUGUUUUGAGACUGAACCUACCAACUUGGUUGCAGGUAUCCAGAUCAAGCAUUUGUAUAAGGAAUUUAAAAACAAACCUGCAGUACACAACUUGUUAUUGAAUGCGUAUGAGGGGCAGGUCACUGUUCUUCUUGGACACAAUGGAGCAGGAAAGACCACAGUCUUGUCUGUUCUUACAGGUCGUUUUCUUGCUACCAGAGGAGAGGCCUAUAUUAAUGGAUAUAGUAUUUUAGAUAACAUGAUUGAAAUUAGAAAGAACUUGGGCUUCUGCCCUCAACAUGACAUGUUGUUUGAUGACUUGACACUGUCCGAACACCUUUUUUUCUACUGUAUGGUAAAAGGACUACCUCAAAACAUAAACUGUGUGGAAAUUGAGCACAUGGUGUCUAUGUUUAAUCUGCAAGAAAAUUACCAUACAUUAUCAAGCUCAGUGAGUGGAGGAGUGAGGCGUAAACUCUCCAUCAUUAUAGCACUUAUAGGGGACUCCAAGGUGGUGAUACUUGACGAACCAACAUCUGGCAUGGACCCAAUGUCAAGAAGGACCACCUGGGAUAUACUUCAGCGUUAUAAACACAAUCGGACCAUUUUACUAACAACCCACUACAUGGAUGAAGCUGACAUCCUGGGUGACCGCAUUGCCAUCAUGGUCAGGGGGACCUUGCACUGCUGUGGCACUUCAGUAUUCCUGAAACAAAUAUACGGUGCUGGAUAUCACAUAGUCCUGGAGAAGGAACCAUAUUGUGAUAUUGACAAUAUCUUUGCAAUCAUUCAGCAUCAUGUUCCAGGUGCUAUGUUGGAAAAUGAUAUAGGAAAUGAAUUAUCAUUUAUCCUACCCAAGAUGUAUGUAUCGAGAUUUGAAGCUUUGUUUACUGAAUUGGAAUUAAAACAGAAAGCACUGGGCAUUGCCAACUUUGGAGCAUCAAUCACUACAAUGGAAGAGGUUUUCCUUAAGGUCAAUAAGCUGGCAUCUACCCAAAGGACUAUUGAGGCUGGCAAACCCUAUUUCACGACAUGUAGAAACAUGAGACCAAAUCAACAUCAGAAUAUGAAUAUGCCCCAAAAUUAUUAUUCAUCUCAGUUUCCCUAUAUGGGUGAAAUUGCUACCAUUAAAUUUAAUACUGGGUUUCCACUUUACCGUCAGCAAUUUUAUUCCCUGUUUAUAAAAAGAGCACUGUUCAUUUGCCGCAAUUGGAAGCUGAUGUUGCUACAGAUAACAGUAGUUUUUGUUGCCACUACAUAUCUUUUAUUGUCUCUGAAUUUAGAUGAUAAUGAUAUUCCUGAAAGGGAAUUGAAUUUGAGUCACUAUGGCAGAACCAUCGUUCCUUACUCAAUUUCAGAGAAUUCUGACUUGACUCUGAAUCUCACAAAAAACCUGAAGAUUUUUCUAAAGUCAAAGGAUCAAAACUUACAAAAAAUAAAAGGUGAUAUUAAUGAUUACAUAUUGGAAAAUAAAAAGUGUCGUAGCUUCUGCAUUAUUGCACUGUCUAUUAAGAUUGAGAAAAACAAAACACUACUCACUGCUUUCUUCAAUAAUGAGGCAUACCACUCAUCUGCAACAUCCCUGGCAGUACUGGACAACAUUCUUUUUAAGACACUUUCUGGCCCUAAUGCUUCCAUUACUAUCUUCAAUAAGCCUCAACCUCACCCUCAUUUUGGUUCAAACACAGUACCUUUAAAUGGAUUACAAAUAGUACAGUGUUUGGCUUUUGGCAUUUCUGUGGUGGUUGGAACCUUUAGUCUCCAGACAGUGACUGAGAGAAUCAGUCAAGCCAAGCACAUCCAGUUUCUGAGUGGAGUCUGUGUGCUUACUUACUGGCUCUCGGCUUUGUUGUGUGACCUCAUCUUCUUCCUCAUUCCCUGCUGUGUACUCCUGGGCAUAUUCAGAUUCUGCCAAGUGGAUGCAUUUAUUGUGCACUUCAACUUUCUGGACACAAUAAUGAUUUUUAUGCUGUAUGGCUGGUGUGUUGUUCCUCUCACAUAUCUUGGAAGCUUCCUGUUCAGUAGUACCACUAUUGCCUACAUCAAAACCAUGCUCUUUAACUACUUUUCAAUGAUGUUCAGUAUCAUCAUUUACACUAUAUUGCAAUUUUAUGGUGAUGACUUUCCUAAGCUCAUCCAUAAACUCAUAAGUACAGUUUUAAUGAUGAUUCCUAGUUACAACUUGGCAAUGAGUAUCAGCAAGUAUUUUGAUGACUAUGAAGUGAAAAGACUGUGUGGUAGGGAAUUCAGAAGCAUUUACAUGGACUGCAGUGAGCCCUAUACUCAGAACAAUGUGUAUGGCUUUGGAGAGCGUGGGAUUGGAAAGUUCCUGAUCACACUGGCUACCAUGGGCUUGGUUUUUCUCCUCUUGCUUUUAACCUUGGAGACUGUUUCCUGGAGCCUGAAGAACUUUGUCUUUCGUAACAUUAUUUUUUAUUUCUACAAUAAACUCAAAAAAGGCAGGAAAGGGGUAGUAUCUCACCAGAGAACCAUAGAAGACGAGGAUGAAGACAUAAGAAAAGAAAGAAGCAAAGUCUUCACACUGCUGCUUGGAUCACAGAAUACCCCACUGGUCCUUAAUGAAGUUACAAAGAUUUAUUUUAAGUUUCCUGUUGUCAAGGCUGUGAGAAAUAUCUCCCUUGUAGUCAAGAAGUCGGAGUGCUUUGGAUUGCUUGGAUUAAAUGGAGCUGGAAAGACUACUACAUUCAAGAUGCUGGCCGGAGUCGAGACUAUCACCUCUGGAACUGCAUAUAUUGAUGGCAACCGUGUCACUAAAAACCCAGGAAAGAUUAGGUCAAGAAUUGGUUACUGUCCGCAGUCUGAAUCUGUGCUGAACCACAUGACGGGCCGGGAAUUGCUAAUCAUGUACGCUAGUCUGUGGGGGGUCCCAGAGCCAGACAUUAACGAGUAUGCGGAAGCCUUUCUGCAUUCAGUGCAUGUGGAACACAUUGCUGACCAGUUUAUCCACACAUACAGUGGCGUAAACAAACGUAGGCUAAGCAUGGCUAUUGCCCUAAUGGGAAAGUCUUCCGUUGUCUUCCUGGAUGAGCCAUCCACUGGCAUGGACCCAGUAGCUCAGCAUCUGCUCUGGGACACAGUUACAUGGGUCUGUAAGACUGGUAAAGCUAUCAUCAUAACUUCUCACAGAAUGGAAGAAUGUGAGGCCCUGUGUUCUAGGCUGGCCAUCAUGGUGAAAGGCAAGUUUACAUGCCUGGGCAGCCCUCAGCAUGUCAGAAAGAGGUUUGGUCAUGUAUACACUCUAACAGUAAAGAUCAGUACUGCUAAGGAUGAAGAUAAAGUAACAGAGUUCAAAAACUUCAUUAAAACAACUUUUCCAGGUAACAUCAAAAACCAGGAAUUUCAAGGGAUUAUUGGCUACUAUAUUCCAAGCAAGGAAAUCCGCUGGGGAAAGGUAUUUGAAAUUUUGGAAGAAGCUAAAGUGAUGUUCAAUUUAGAAGACUAUUCUGUCAAACAAAUAACCCUGGAACAAAUCUUUCUGACCUUUGCUAAUAUUUCAGGAAACAAAGCUGCUGUGAGACUGUAA